AUGGUUGAUGCACGCUCGGAAGACAAGGGACCGGAGGUGAUGCGGUGGGGGAGGGAGAAGCUAGUGUGGGAGGAGGAGGAGGAGGAGGAGGAGGAGGAGGAGGAGGAGGAGGAGGAGGAGGAGGAGGAGGAGGAGGAGGAGGAGGAGGAGGAGGAGGAGAGGAGGGAGGGGAGGGAGCGAAGGGGGGAGAGAGAGGGUGGAAGGAAGCAGGGCAGGGCACAGAGAGUAUAA